UCCCCAUGACUCCUACUCUCCUAGUCAUGGCUUUCUUUUCCCUAGCCGCCACCUGCCAGGAAUGCUGGAACGAAGGACCAAACGAGGGCCGGCGACGGUAUCAAUUUGUUCUAGUACGGCGGCCGACGGCGGUCGACUGGCGUCCGAUUUCUGGAACCCUGAAUGGAUGAAUGUCGGCGGCCACUACCUUCUGCUGCAGAUGCAAGCAUGGAGUCAUGGAAGAGGUCGUCUGCCUCUGAAUGUGUGUCACGGGACUCUCCCUCCACUGCAGCACAACCUGCUCCUCGUCUUCAAUUAUUACCACAGAAAAGAGCAAGGGUGGAUGAAACAAUCUGUGAUGUUGGUGAUGCCAGAUCAGGAGUGGAUGGUGAUAUAGAGGAAUGGGUCGAGGUUAACGAAGGAUAUGAAGAGGUUAAUGAGGCAGAUGAGUAUGGCAGGGAUGAUGAUAUGUCAGACCCAUCUCUAGGAUUGGGUGACAAAGAAAAUGAUGUAGAAGGUGAGGUCAAUGACACUGAAAAAGGAAAGAGAGGGAAAAGGAAUAAGGCAAAAGUUGAUGUUGGUAAUAAGGUUAAGGUGAGGAAAACUAGAGUUAAGUGUGCAUCAUGUUGGCAACAUUUCCAAGAGGUCAAAGUUGUAUGCAAGAAGAAACCAGGGGCGAUCGUCACGAAGGCAAAAUGCUUGCAUUAUUGUAACUUGUUUGCUUAUACUCCAGGGGGGACAACUACUAGUCUCAAUCGGCAUACAAAUGUUUGUGUGGACUAUCUAAACAAGAAGGGUAGACAACAACGACAAGGUACAAUCAAUUUGGAUCCUGAAAAGCCAGGUGCAUCUCUUAUAGUGAAUCAUGAAUAUGAUCAUGCAGAAGUCGUUAAAAUCAUAGCAAAGAUGAUAAUUGUGCAUUAAUAUCCUUUUAGGAUGGUAGAGCAUGCUUGGUUUAAUAUUCUCAUGAGAUAUAUGAAUGCAUCAUACAAGUUCAUUGGUAGGAAGAAAAUUAGAGCCGAAUGCAUGAAGGUGUAUAUCUCUGAGAAAGAAAUCCUUAAGAAGCAACUAAGGUCUGUUGAGAGCAUUAGUUUGACAAGUGAUAUAUGGACUUCGAACCAGAAUCUUUCCUACCUAGUUGUUGUUGCUCACUACAUAGAUGAUGAUUAGGUUAUGCAAUGUCGUGUUUUAAACUUGAUAGAGUUAGACCCACCUCACUCAGGCUUUGUUAUAGCUCAAGCUGUUUUUGAAUGCUGCCAAGAAUGGAAAAUACAAGAUAAGAUCAUGACAAUGACCAUGGAUAAUGUUUCCUCGAAUGAUUCUGCUGCUAAGAAAUUGAUGGAAAAGUUCACUGCUAGGAAAUCAGCAAAACUCAUAUCUAAGUACUUCCAUGUUCGCUGUUGUGCACACAUAGUGAAUUUGAUAGUCAAUGAUGGC